CCCCUGAGGAUAAGAUGGGCUUGUAUGGAGGAUGGUAUCGUCCACUCGGAGAGUUGGAGAACCAUUCAGCCUACUUGUACGACAACCACAACUACGGCAUUAGUUAUGUUGUGCGCAUUGCGACAUCUCGACCAACCAACGAGGACGAUGUCAGAAGAGUGUUCACGCUCCUCCUCCGGAAGACAAUCAACUUACGCAUGGUGCCAGCCGAGCGCGAUGGGCAGCUGUGGCUGAAAGAGAUGAAGCACCACCAAGACAUCGACUUACAGGUUUUUGGUACUCAGACGUUGCUGGAUGUGGACGUGAAAACUGUGUUCGAAGAAAUGGCAGGCUACAAGUACAACAUGAAUGAUGGACCAGUGUGGGCCGUGCGUUUUCUGCCUCAGUCACCAAAACAUGAUGACUAUAUUAGGCUAACGACAAUGGAAAACGCGGAUAACAAAGUCAUUACACUGCCUCACGUCUGCCACUUUGUGUUGAGCUUCCACCACAGCAUAGCUGACGGUUACACUUGCGUGCGAAUCAUCCGACACGUCUUGGUGCUUUUGAACGAUGUAAUUGAGGGGAACCCCAUUGAUGAGUCCCAGCAGUAUGCGCAAAUACUCGAUAUAACGAAGCAAAAUGUAAUUUUUGAAGAAAUAGAGCGCGCAUUCAGUGAAAAUCCAGACCUUCUAAAAGCCCGUUCAAAGAGGUUAGACACUUUUUUUCCGGAUGCUCUUUUAAGCCAAGUCUAUGAACAUCCGUCCAAAACACUUCCUAAAAUUGUAAGUCUACCGCGCAUCUUAGACGGUAUUUCCACCACCAAGUUUGUGGAACGUUGCAAGAAAGAAGGCGUCACGGUUCACUCAGGCUUCUGCUCAGUGUUGGAGGCGAGUGUAGUUCAAGCUCUGCAAGAUGCCUUUUUGAUGCAGGAUCGUUACACGAUUGCUUCCAGACACUGCGUUGAUCAACGACGCUACUUCAAUGACGCUGCAAAUGCAUACGGUACAGCUUUGGGAGUCUUGACGCUCACGACCGAUGUUCCCAGAGACAUAUGUUCCAAUUUUUGGAGUCAUGUAAAAAAAUUCCACCAGGAUUUUGCCGAGACCAAGAGGGAGUCCGUCUUCAAGGAGAAACUGGAGAGGGUCUUUGACGUGGCCCACAAGGAUGCGCCCUUGAUCAUGAAGAUUGAGGAAUACAUUGCCUUCCUUGUCGCGCAGCGGCAGUCUGGCCGCCCGGGGUACAUGGGAGGCAUUGAUGCCGAACUUGCCUGCUUGGCAGCUUCCCUUGACCGAAUCAAGGUGAGCGACAGAGGAGCUGUGUUCCUUCGUACCAAAGCAGCUCGAGACUUCGGCCACGAGCCAGAAGAUGUUAACAAUCAACUGCUCCUCAAUAAUUCGCCGAUAUCGGCAAAAGCACCGAGCCAUGUACGCCUCACAGCUUAA